AUGCCACUGAAAGCCGUGAUUUUCGAUUAUGGCGGAGUGUUGAUGAGCUAUCAGGGAGCUUCCCGUUGCUUUAAAGACUUGGCCCAGCAACACAACGUCGAUUGGGCGUUCGUGCAGGAGAUGUUGGUAAAGCAGCAUGUUUUGCGGCACGUUUCUGAAGAAACGGGACUGGAUUUGUUUAGGGGAGACUACACAUGCGAGGAGUUGGAGAACAUCUAUCUACCACGGUUGUCGGCGCAGCGCGGCUGCCCAAUGCCUGGACCCGUCCCGUUUGUCAGCACCUGGAUGGGCCAUGAGAAGCAUCAAGAAUAUUCCGUACGAGUAAUCUCCGCCCUCCGCCAGCUCCGCGUCCUUGGCUUUAUGACCGGUCUACUGACAAAUAAUUGUUUCUUGGAUAAGGAACGGAAACUCCGCCGCACUCCAAUUGACGAGGCUCUAUUUGAUGUAAUCGUAGAGUCAGCAGUCGAAGGGACUCGAAAACCAGAGGAGCGCAUUUUUGAGAUUUGCGCAGCCAAGUUCCAAGCGCUCGGAAUAGCGCCCGAAGAAUGUGUUUUUCUUGACGAUCAGCCGGAAAAUGUGGAAGCUGCGAAAAAGCUGGGAUGGUUUACGCUUUUGGUAAAUCCCAGCGAUCCAAACAGCUGCGUCGAAGAACUGGAAACCAUGCUUGGAGUACGUUUCGAAAAUGCAGAAAGCGGGCGCUCUUCGUGCUCUCAAGAAACUGACGAUUCCACCAUGUCAGUU